UUCGUCACUUCCGCUUCCUUGUCCUUGGUGGUUGCAGCAUCCUCGCUGUUCAGGAUAAACACAUGGCUAAACUGAGCAAAGAGUCCAAACAGCGGCUGCAGCAGCUGUUCCAGUGCGGCCAGUUCGUCAUCCGAUGGGGUUUCAUCCCAACCGUGUUGUACCUCGGUUUUAAACGAGGAGCAGAUCCAGGAAUGCCUGAACCCAAUGUCUUAAGUUUGCUUUGGGGUUGAGGAAUGCCCCCGAACAGCCAAUCCCCUCCCAUCAUCAAGACCAUGUGACCCAACUGUCAUCAGAAAGCCAGGAAAUGGACAUUUUCUUUCUUUCCCUCUCUAUAAAUCUGGCUGUACAACCUUCUGAGAAGUAAUGACGUUGUGUGCCGUCAUAAUGUCCAAGGCCAAACAUACAGUAGAUGUAUGGAGUGUGUUGGCAACAUGGAUAGAAGAGAUUCGGAUUACCAAGCUGGAAUCAAGAGUUUGUCCUCACCGUGUUGACUGGGCUAUCUGUCAGUGUUUUGCUGUGUGAGACAGCAAUGUCAGGAUGUACCUUUCAUUCCAUGUUUUCCUCUUUAUUUGUAAUUUAAGAUUUCAGAGAAUAAAUCCACUAAGAAAUGUCAA